AUGAAUCUUAGUGCCGCAGUUUCAUCUAAAAAUAGACAAUCAUAUUUUGUUCAAUCAACCCCUCAUGGUCUGGAUGGUGCUCAGCACCUUGCUGUGAAUCGUGAUGGUACCAUAAUAUAUGGACUUCGAGUACGCGUCGAAAUAAGUAUCGUUGAAACACCGAAUGAAGCUCCGGAGGUCAUAACAACCGCUACUGAAAAGACAAUUUGUAAAUACAACAUGAAAUCUGGAAUCUCGAAAACUUUUGGCCUCGAUGACGACUUCGAUCCGCUUAUCUUGGCACAAGUUCAGGAAUUUUAUACACUUUGCAACAACUUGGUAGUCAUGAUCUGUUACAAUGCCGAAUAUUAUCAAUUUAUACAAAUCGUAAUACUUCUUGAGCACAGUAGAGAAACGGCUCAAUUAGUCGCAAUUAGAAGAAAAACAGUGAGCCGUAUGACUAGCCCUCCAUUAAUCAAUCUAAGUUUUCUGGAUAGAGGAAGAAUUUUAUUGUGCGGAGCCAGAGCUUCUGUAGAUGGAAUAAACGAGCGGAUGUCACUCAGUAUUGCAGCAGACCCAUUGAAUAGUUUGGAACAUCAGGAUGAAGACCUGAGCCAAUUAAUGGAGGACUUCAAUAAAUUUCUGGCUAAAAGACCUCCAGGUCCUGAUGGAAAAUCGUUGAUAAGUUUGUUUCUUCUGAAUAUGGAUGAUGAAGAAAUAUCAGUUUUACUUUCAGAAAUUGAUCCAGAAAACCCUCAGAGUGAACCAGUUUUCGCAACGAACAUAAUAGGACUCAUCAAUCGAAAAGAUUAUUCAUUCUCAGUGGGAAAUAUCAAUAACUCGGACAUUAAGUAA